CUCCUCCUCCUCCUCCUCCCGGCCCGGUCAGGCGGCAGGCAGGCCGGGGAUCUGCCGUGGAAGGGAGGUGUUACCCGCCGAGGCGGAGGAGUUAAAGGGCCCCUGAGAAGGGAGGUCAAAUGUCGCCGUGAGGCGCUGAGGAGAACCGGGUGUUCUUCGUAGAGCCAGGAAAGGACCUGCCGGUGCCGGUGCUGAGCUUUCCUGCCGGGUGGUGUAUCAGCCCGGCGGCUCUCGGUUCUCCUUUACCGGUGCUGGGUCGCUCGGUUCAGGGAAGGGCCGGGCCGGUGACCGGGUUUCCCUCAGGACGUGGGGGAGAAGCUGCCUGAGGCUCCAGAAAGAUGCAGUUCUUUGGUCGGCUGGUGAAUACUAUCAACAGUGUCACCCAAAUAUUCACAAACCCUUACCGGGUGAAGGAGGUGCCGGCUGCGGAGUAUGCCGCUCACACCUGCCUGAGGGAGGAAGGCAGGGUGGCCCUGUAUAAGAACAACCUUGCUCGCUCGUGGGAUUGCCUGCUGGUGAAUCCCCAGAACCCACAGGUCGCUUUCCGGCUCUUCCAGCUCGACAAUGAAGCAGAUGCCCUGGUGCGUUUUGAGCAGUACGCCGGGCAGCUGCGCCCUUUCUACGAGAGUGCACGCCAGCCCUUGUUGCUGGAGGAUCUCCAGCAACUCAGUGACUGCUUCCGCAACCACCCCAGCUGGUCCUCGGCACACGUCGCGGUGGAGAUUGGCCAUCGUGAGAGCUUCCGGCACAACCACGUUCUAAGCUGUGUGAACAGCACGGACAGCGAGGAUGGCUGCACCCCGCUGCACCUGGCGUGCCGCAAGGGAGACAUGGAGUGUCUGCUGGAGCUGCUGGACUGCCACGCGCGGGUGGACAUUACAGACAGGAACGGGGAGACCGUUUUCCACUAUGCUGUGCGAGGGAACAGCCCCCAGAUCAUCGAGCUCCUGGGCAGAACCCCAACUGCUGGCUUGGACCACCUGAGCCAUGAAGGGCUGACUGCUCUGCAUCUCGCUUGUCAGCUGGGCAAAGAGGACAUGGUUCGGUCUCUGCUGAAAUGCCAUGCCAGCUGCGGUGCCAUGGGGACGAUGGGCUACCCCAUCCACACAGCACUGAAGUUCUCCCAGAAGGGGUGUGCCCAGGCCAUCCUCGAGGUGGAUGCCAGCCAGGUUCACUCCAAGGACCCACGCUAUGAAGCCACUCCGCUGCACUGGGCAAAGAAGGCAGAGAUGACACAGCUGCUGCUUGAGUACGGCUCCGCGGUGAAUUUGACCAGCCGGACAGCUGACAUGGCUCUGCACAUUGCAGUCAAGAGGGGACGCUUUGACUGCGCCAUGGUACUGCUGACACACGGGGCCCACACCAAUGCCAGGGGUCAGGAUGGCAACACACCACUGCACCUGGCCAUGAAGCAUGACCACCUGGAUAUGAUCAAAGCAAUCAUCGUGUUUGGAGGAGAUGUCGAGAUCCCCAAUGAUUUUGGGGAGACACCAGGGCUGUUAGCUGCCAGGAGCAGCAAAGGUGCGAACCGGAAAGUGCUCUUAGACCUGCUGCAAACUGUAGGGACCGAACGCUGCCACCCACCCAACCCUGACUCCCCAAGCCUGGCACCAUCUGCCGCCUCCUUCUUCCUGGAAGGCCAACCUUCCUCACGGAGCAGCUUCAACAGCUUAGGGUACAAGGACCUUCUGUAUGUUUCCACAACACUUGGACAGUUGUUGAAGGCACCAGAUGUUGUGGACUCACCCAGUGAGGGUAGAAGAAAUCACGACCGCCUCCUGUGCCUGGAUGGAGGGGGCAUCCGUGGCCUGGUGCUCAUCCAACUCCUCCUGGCUAUCGAAAAGGCUGCGGGCCGUCCCAUUCGUGAGAUUUUUGACUGGAUUGCGGGGACCAGCACUGGCGGGAUCUUGGCCUUGGCUAUUGUACACGGAAAGUCCAUGGACUACAUGCGCUGCCUGUACUUCCGCAUGAAGGACAUGGUGUUCCGGGGGUCUCGGCCCUACGAGUCGGAGCCCCUGGAUGAGUUCUUGAAGAAGGAAUUUGGGGAAAACACCAAAAUGACAGAUGUCCAAAAACCCAAGGUUAUGGUGACAGGGACGUUGUGCGACCGGCAGCCAGCUGAGCUCCACCUUUUCCGGAAUUACCCCGUACCAGAGACAAAAACCUCCACUGAAUACAAGACAAGCGCAUCUUUCAAACCACUCACUCAGCCAGAAGACCAACUUGUAUGGCGUGCUGCCCGCUGCAGUGGCGCGGCUCCCACUUAUUUCCGGCCGAUAGGCCGCUUUCUGGAUGGUGGGCUGCUAGCCAACAACCCGACUCUCGAUGCCAUGACGGAGAUCCAUGAGUACAACAAGACGCUGAUCAAGAAGGGUCAGAGGCAGCAAGUAAGAAAAUUGGGAUUGGUGGUCUCCCUGGGGACAGGGAAGCCUCCACAGGUCCCAGUGAGCUCUGUGGAUGUUUUCCGCCCCUCCAACCCUUGGGAGCUGGCGAAGACCGUCUUUGGGGCCAGGGAGCUCGGGAAGAUGGUAGUGGAUUGUUGCACUGACGCAGAUGGCCCAGCUGUGGAUCGUGCCAGGGCCUGGUGCGAGAUGACGGAUGUCCCAUAUUUCCGGCUUAGCCCUCAGCUGCACACGGAGGUGAUGUUGGAUGAGGUGAACGACACCGUGCUGGUGAACGCUCUCUGGGACACCCAGCUUUACAUCUACCAGCAGCGGGAGCAGUUUGAGCAGCUGGUGCGACAUCUCUGCCGAUGACUGAUCUGGAGGUUCCUGUUCUGCAUCCCAAUGGCAAGGAGCAGCAGACACUGAAAUGGCUUGGAUUUGCCUUUAAACCGAGGUGUUGAGGU